AUGCUUUUCCCAGAUCCUCACAGUCUUGUCAUCCUCCAUUCUGUGAGGAUGCUCAAGACUGGGCGCGCUGUUCAGCUUAAGGAGAAGAAUGCUCACGUAGUCGAGAUUAUCCCUCCACUCGUCGAGUCGGAGUUGCACGAUUUCGAAGGUACAACGCAACGUCUAUCCAAUUUCUGGCUUUCGCUCGAAGAAUACACGAAGGUGAUGAUGGAGAGCCUUGUUCGGGGUGACCCAUACAUUCCAGCGGGGAUGGUCAUUGAACAGCACAAACAGUUUGAGGAAGGGAAGUCGGAGGCUGCAACGAAGAUGCAUGAGCAUUUUCAGGUCAAUGACUCAGAGAUAAAGCACACGUAUUGGAGCGUUUGGAACGUAGUUUUCCUCUGCAAUCAAGCUCAGAGCGUAUAGUGAUUGCCAUUCAGCUUCUUCCCUCAAGAAGAAUUCUCUUGAAUUUGGGAGUGCUGCACUGCUGGAAUACAAUGCAAAAAUCUGAGUCCCAAUUGGAAAAACUACGUUGCAUAUAGCCUGA